AGUGCACCUUGUUCCCCUCCACGGCCCCGGCGCUGAGUUUCUUCUGGGGCUUUGCCACGCACGCUGUGGCGAGGGAGCUUUGUUUCUGCCUGACUGCGGUUGUUCGUUGUGAUUUUUGGGUUGUUUCCUUCCUGCCGCCAGGUGCAGGGAGCCAUGGCAGGAGCUAUGGUACGCAUUGGUGACCAGCUCAUCCUGGAAGAAGAUUACGACGAGACGUACAUUCCCAGCGAACAAGAAAUCCGGGAUUUUGCAAGGGACAUCGGGAUCGACCCUGAGAAGGAGCCGGAGCUGAUGUGGCUGGCCAAGGAAGGCAUUGUGGCCCCGUUACCACCUGAGUGGAAGCCCUGCCAGGAUAUCACUGGUGAUAUCUACUACUUCAACUUUGCUAACGGCCAGUCCACGUGGGACCACCCCUGCGAUGACCACUACAGAGAACUUGUCACUCAGGAGCGAAAGAAGCUGCUGGCACGUGGCGGUUUGAAAAAGAAAGAGAAGAAGAAGAAAGACAAGAAAGAAAAGAAAGACAAGAAGGAUAAGCAGUCACUGAAGCAACCCACCGAAAUGCAGCCAGGGAUUCUUCCUUCGACAGCCUUUUGUCAAAUACCCUGUGCCAUUCUGUCCCCUGGGCAGGAGAGUCCCGAGCCAGAACCAGAUAGCCAGAUUAGAAAGGAAGGCCUCUUUGACAAAGGCAAAGGGAGAGCGUCCUGCGUAUCGGACUCAUGGAGACAGUUUGCAUACUUGUGGCCAGAUAACCUGCACCCUAUACUUGUAUCAGAGUUCAGCAGGCCAUGCCAGACCUUAACUGAUGCGGUGAACAUUUUAGAAACCAGCCCACCUUUCGGCAGCUUUGAUGCAGACAUCCACCAGGAGCGAGGUAUACCUUUGGCAAUACAAGAAAGUCUUUGUUCCAGUUCUUCUGACUCACAGUCUGACGAUGUAGAGGUUAGGCCAACAGUACAACCUUUGCAUGUGUUAAAGAAAUCCUGUUCGCUAGACUUUGAGAAUGUUAAAACUCCACCAGAGUCCCCUGAAGACAAAAUCCUGCUCUUUGAUGAAAAGCUGAAAGGAAAGCAGAAGAUUAAAGACGUGAUGGAUGACUGUGUCCGUAAAUCUGAUCAUCCUUUCUCAGCUGGAGAGAAAUCUACAGGGCCUGGUGGGGGUGUGAAAAGAAGUCCAAGCUUAUUGCAAGCAAGGGAAGAAAGAUUUUACUGCAGGAACCUUGAAAUGACUCUUUUUGAUGCCAGCGCCACAAAUGACUGGGGUUUGCAGGAGACAGCUGAUGCUCCACACGCUCGAGAAGAGCUAAGCUCCCACAGCAGAGUAUCUCAGAGCAGAAGUAAGAGAAAAGUUCAAGGCGGUGAGGCUUUGGCUCAAGCUAUCAGUCUCUACAAGAGCAAUGAGAGCAGCAGCAGACCUGAGAGAGAGGGUUCUAAGCAAAUGGAGCUGACAAAACUAGGAGUAGAUACAGAAGUAGACAGCACUAAUGGAGUGCUAGAGAGCCUACCCACGGCCCCUGAAGAGAUCAUGGGAGCACGACACUGCUUCCAAGGAACAGAGGCAAAGGGAGGAUCUGAUGUGGAUCUUCAUUCUGCAGUACCUCCUACAUCGAAACAUGUUUUUUCAUCUGCCAAAGGUGGCUGUAACGAUGAUGAAAGAGGUGGUUUGAUGUCAGAGUGUGACAGCAGUGAUUUGGACAGUUCUCAGAAUGAAAAUGCACCCCAGAUACGGGGAGCCUCCUCUCUACACAAUGACUCUGGGAGAUCGGAGGACGUGUACUCUGUCACAGAAGAGCCUAGGCUGCCUUGUCCUAUCCUGGGAUCAUCCCUGUCUCAGAUAUUAGCUCCUGCUGAGAAGCCAGAGAGAGAGUGUAGCUCCAAAGACACGAAACUGUGCCACACGUUGCAGGAAUGUGAAGCAGGUGCCAGCCCAGAACCUGACUGUGUUAAUUUUUUGGUGGAUUCGUGUGGGAAAUGCACUGCCCAGGAGUCUAACAGUGCUGGCGUGCAAACAGAAGUGAAUGAAGAAAAUGGCAGGACAGAUCAAGCUCCCGGAGCGUGGGGACAUAAGGUUGCAGAAGAAUUGCAGGUUCCCCCUGAGUAUCUCCGUCAGAUGGCUGACUGCUGGGGAAGCACCAGUCUCUGCCGGCACGUGGAAGUGGAGAUGACCCAAACCAGACAAACUGCUGAGAACUGCAGCAAAAUAGAGGUUGGUGAAGGAGCAGGGGGGAAUGAGCCUUCAGGAUCCCCGCUAGCACCUGUGCAGGCUCCCUUGGGGAACCUUGCUCCGUUGCGUGGCCCUGUGGCUUCUCCAGCUGGCAUCCUUCGUGGCUCACUGAACUCGGACGUGGGGAGCUCUGUGGACUCCAGUCUUGCAGCCAGAGGAGAAACUCGGCCUGCAGAGCCCUGUAAGCCCACUGGCCACACCAAGAAGUUGCUGGGAUUGGUCUGUGAAGAGAAGAGUUCUCUAAACACAGUAGCUUUAGAUAAAGGGAGAAACGAAGAGGAAGAAAGUGAGAAUGAGAGUCUCCGUGGGACAAGACUGUUCAAAAACCUGCACAUGGAUGUCAGUGCCCUGGGAGGCAGCUUUGAAUCCGAGGAGAACAGCAAAGCGGAGGAGGAGAACUUUGGCAGCCGCUUAGCCACUGAAGCUCGUCUCCAGCACCAGAGGAGUCCCGCAGAGGAAGCUGGCAGUCUGAGAGAGAAGGAGUCUUUAAAAUCAAGACAUGCUGAAGAAGGACAAGAGUCUUCCUUGGAUGCUGAUGAUGCAUGCCCUCCAACGCCGGGUAAAGUCCUUUCCGGAGAUGCUGACUGUGGCCUUUCUGGCCAGAACAAAGAGGAUUCUGAUGGGAAACUCACUGGGAAUGAGCUACUGGGCGAGAAAGAUGCUGAGGUGGAAGGUGACGUCUCGGCAGCUGAUGAGCUGCCACGGUCUCUGGAGGAAAGGAGAGCACCAGGGACAGAUGUGCCCGGCAGUCCUGUGCAACCUAGAGCUGCAUCUCCAGAUGCUGAAGCUGCUGAGGCAGAUCAGCUGGCAAGCCUGGCUGUCACCGUUGACACCGUGUCUGUUGAUGAAAAUAUAGUAAAUGAGAUGAGGGAAGAAGCAGCUGAUCUGAAAACAGACAGCAGGCUGGAUGCUGGCAAACUUUCCAAGGCAUCUGAGACCAGUGAAUGUGUGGAGGACUUGCAAGCUUCCAACCGCUCAGACCACGAGCUGAUUCAGCAUAUGGACCUGGCUUUCCAGAGUCGGUUUUCUGAGCAGGUAUUGGAUGUGGGUGUUCUGUCUCCUGUUUUAGACGGCCCCAUGUGCAAGGCCCAGGAGCUGGGAGAAGAAGAAAAAGAUCAAAGCAAAGCCAGUAUAGAAGAAGAGCAAAGCAAAAGAACAAAAGCUGCUGAGAGUGAGAGGGAUCAGAGUGGUUGUGAAACGUCAGGACAGAAGUGUGUUGCUUUAGAAAAUCCCAAACAAGAAGAGGUGGUGGCCCUGGAGCUGGCGGAGGGAUCGCUGGAUAGCCUAAUCAAUCUGGAAGAGCUUGCUGCCCCACAGAAAGAACAACCUGAAAAGGAAAUAAAACAAGAGCAGUCCCUGAGCCAGCCUAGUGAAGAAUCCCUGGAGGGAAUAGCCAAGGAGCUGGAGAAGGAGAUUGAACAAGAGAAAAUGCACUUACUGCAAGCAAAGGAGGAGAAAAUUCAGCAGUUCCAGGAGGAGAUGCGGCAGCAGGAAGAAGAAGAAGCUCAGAAGCUUCAUCAGCAAAAAGAAAAAUCCCUCAGGACUCUGAAAGAGGAUUUGGCAAAGGUUUCUGAGGAAGAAGAGUUGCGUGUGAGAAAGGAAGAAACUGAGAGACUCUCAAAGCUGCGAGCCAAAAUCGCCUCAGAGACUGAGGCAGAGGAGGAGAAGAUAAGGGCAGAGCAAGAGUUCAUGCUGCAAAAAUUGAGAGAAGAGUGGGAAUCACUGCAGGUAACGGAGAAGAAGAACUUGGAGAGGAAGAAGCAACUUGUUUUGGAGAAAAUGAAGCUGGAGAUGGAGGAAGCUCAACAGAAAGAGAUGGUCAGGCUGGAACAAGAGAAGGAACAAUUCCUCAGGGAGCUUAAGGAGAGAUUAGAAACAGAAAAGAGAAAGGCAACAGAGGAGCUGGAGAAGCAGUUUGCAACUGAAUUCCAGCAGCUGAAAUCUGCAGCAGAAGAGAAGCAUCAGAAGGCCAUUUCCAGCUUACAAACCCAGGCAGCGGAGGCACAGAGGAGUAAGGAGACUUGGCUGCAUGAAGACUUACAGAGAGCAGAGCAGAAAAUGCAGCAAAAAGCAUAUCAAGUAAUGGCAUAUGAACACGAGCUCAGUGAGCUUAUGAGAGAGAAACGCCAGGGAGUGGAAAAAGACCAUGAGAGGAAAAUGGAGAGGAUGAAAGAGGAGCACCAGGAGGUCCUGGCAAGGAUUCAGGAUCAGUAUGAAGAGGAGGAGAGAAAGCAAAGAGCAGAACUGUUGGAGGGCCUGAGAAGUGAGAUGGCACGCCUCCGACAGCUUCACGAAGUGGAGGUGAAAGCUCUGCAGGCAGAGCUGGAUGAGCGGCUGACCCUAUUGCAGAAUAGGCACAGGGAGAAGGAAAGAAAACUACAGGAUUCAGAAAAUGAGCUUGAAAUACGUGCAAAGAAUGUCAAAGCGAGAUCAGCGCAGCUUCUUAGCCAGGAGGAAUCUCUGAGGAAGAAAAGGCAGCAGCUGCUGGAUGAAGACAGACGGACUGAGCUAGAAAGAGAUGAAGCUGCUUUAGCUUCUCAACUCCGCCUAGAGGAGAAUCGGAAGGAGCACACCAGCCUUCUUGAGUCCAUCCGGCAGCUGCGUAGGGCUCUUGAAGAGCUCCAAGACCAGAAGGCUGAGCUGGAGGCCCAGGUGGAUUUGUUGCAGACCCGAAGCCAAAGGCUGCAGAAACGUAUCAGUGAGCUUGAGGCAGCUGUCAGGAGCAAGCAGGAGGUUUUGAAAGAACUGGAGGCAGAAGAAAGCGUGGAGUCUCCAAGAAAGAAAUCUGAGCUCCAUGUUGAAGACCUGAGAGAAACUAUUCAAGCUCACUCAUCUAGAGAGCCUGCUUCCCCACCUUCUCAAAGCCACGAGGACAGCAACUUGCAGUUUGACCAUGUCAGAAGCUACAUCUCUGCUGAAGGGAUCUCCAUCAGGAAUGCCAAGGAAUUCCUGGUGCGCCAGACCCGCUCCAUGAGGAAGAGGCACACGGCGCUGAAAGCUGCCAAGCAGCGGUGGCACCAAGAUAUGCAGAAAGCUCAGGAGGUGGUGCAGGAUCUUGACAGCUCCCAGCUCCUGGAGGGAGUGCGCAAGAACCUGGAAGAGGAAGCAAAGCAGCUGGACAAGAUGAAGUCGGUUAUGCGGAAAGGACAGGUGCUGCUGAAGAAGAAGGAAGAGAAACUCAGCCAGCUGGAGUCAUCGCUGUUGGAGGAGCUUUCAGAUGAAGAUACACUGAAGAGUACUGCAUACAAGAAGAUGGUGACUUUUGAUCUCAGCAACUCUGAGGACACAAACAGCGUGUCCAGUGCAAGCUUAGGUCAGCCUAAAUUUGACUUGAGAACGGAUCUACAGGUUGGCCCGCAGCUGGACAAGAUCCAAUACCUGACAGACUCUCUGCAGCUCAUCACCAGAGAACUGAACGGGGUCCUCGGCGUUUUGAGCUCUCUGAACAACCGCCAGUCUCCACUCUUCACUUCGACACAGGUGCCCUCCAAUGGUGUCCCUCUUUCUACGUAUGCAUCCCUGGCAGGACUUCAGGCAGGUGGCUCCGUGGUGCCUCCCGCUGGGGUGUCUCUGGUGGACCAGUGGGUCCGGAGCACUGGGCUGAGCUCCAGUCGCUCUUUCACAGCUGGGCAGACAGUGGACAGCAUCCUGGCAGAAAAGUGGCACAAGUAUUUUCCAGGUGGGUUCCCAUCACUCAGUGGAAGUUCCGGUACUCUGGACAACAAGCUGGGAUACGUACCUGCAGGUGAGCAAGUUCGCCUGUUCCAGCACUCCCAGUUCCAGAGCUGUGAGUCAGACAAGAUGAGUAUUCAAGGAAUGAUUGAGACCAACAAGAAAUGGCUAGAAGACUUCAAGAGGGAUUCAAAGGUACCUCUCUUCCCAGGUGCACAGAAGCCCCCUGCCAGCAGCCCCAGCCUACUUCAGCUAGGACUGGAUGAAAACAGGCAAAUAAAAGUGUACCAUUACUGAAAGGUGGGACUUGGCAUUUUCAGCCCUCAGCCUCGGGGUGCAGGACCUGGAGAGAUGGUAGCUGGGGCCUGUGUAGUCCCCCUGACAAUUUGGUGGGGUUCGCUCAUGCCCAGCCUACACUGUUCUUUGUGCUCUGCCCUUGAAAUAAAGUCUCAUUACAAGAGAGUGGAGGAAGGAGGAAGUGAACUUCCCAGGUGGAUUCCUCUAAUCCUGUAAUGUGUCCAAAUAUACUUUAUAGACUGUUUAAUCCAGUGGUGAAAUAUCAGGGCUUCAAUAAAUCAACAGUUCUCUCAUUAGUAUUCCAGCAAUCAUGAAGCAGAGCUGUGAAUUAUGGAGGACUUUGAGUAACUGGUCAAGGGGGAGGAGGUGAAUCUGUCUGAGACUUUGCUAGAGGAAAUGUGUCAGGAAAUGAGCCCACGCUGAUGCCCCACAAAUGCUUAAUCGCAGGUGAGCCAAGUCAUCUGGCUUUUGUGGCAAGCGCACGAGGAGGGGAGAAUGAACAGCAAAAUGGCUGGAGGCUGGGGAUGCAAUUAGGGAAUAGUAGGUUGUAACUCUCUGGAAAAUGUUCCUGUCUUGUGGGAUGGAAGCAACAGGAACAAAACCAAGGAUGGCUUUCAUGGCAGAUUUUCUAGAAAAGAGCUCCCUGCUUCCUCCUUUUUCUGCCAGGCUGGCCAGAACUGCACAGCGUAGCUGUGCUGGGGGAGCUCGUCUCAUGUAUUACAAAUGUGCUGAUGGCAACGCAGAGCAGGGAUGGCAAGAGAGCACGGAGCAGUUCCUGCUGGUGCAGGCGCUGUUAGGGCUCUCAGCCUAGUGUGAAUGUUCGGAGGAGACAAAGCCCCACCUGCGUCCUUCCGUACCCUGGGGAGAAGGAUCCGGAGCUCAGCAGCUGGGGUCUGCUCCCACGCAGCAGGGCUGUGCAGGCAAACCUGAGCCUGGGACCUGGGCAGCAGCCCCCGGAGCAGCUCUGCUGGGCUCUGGGGGGAGCAGUCUCCUGAGGCCAUGAAACAGGACUUUGCAUGGCUGGGAGCAAGGCUGAGGGCUUGGGAUGAGUUGCUCUCAGAUACGAGGAGGUGGCACACUGCUCUGCUCACCGGGUGGAGGUACUUGUGGUGCUGGAGGGGCUUCUUGCAGAGCAUGGCAGCACCCUGCCGGAACGCAGAGCUGCGAGGGGGCAGGUGGUGCUGCUCGAGCCAGUGGGGAGAAGUCAGGCUCGGCUUUCGUACUGCUAAGUGGGAAAAGUGGUAUUUGGUUGUUUUGUCAGCCUUUCCUCCAAGCUGACUUUAAAUAUUUAAUGCUUUAAAAAACGCUGUACCGUUUGCCAUUUUGUCUGAUGAGGAAGUCUGCAUUUCAAGGGAUCCCAUCUGUGAGAAAUCAUCUUCAAAGUCAUUCUCUCUAGAGACAGCUGAUGCAGGGAGGAUGGUGAAGUUGCUGUUCUUCACCCUUCAGUGCUGUUUGUGUUGCUCAGCGUGGCUAAUGAUGCGCAGCAAAGCGAGGCAGAACUCCCCCUCCUGCUUUGCUUCCUGGUUGUUGUAUACUGGCCCGACAUUGGAACAGUUCAUGCUGUGAGUGUGGCAGGGGAAUGUUUACAUGCAAAUAGAAGUCUAUUUUUGAUGAACAUUUUAAAACUCGAGAAGAAUGUCUGUAUUUACUUUUUUUUUUCUUUGCUGGACUCCUUAAAUUUUUCUGAAUUCCUCCUCCCACCCUUGUCCCGGGAUCUUGUGGCCGGGCUCCUGUUCGUGGGUCUGACCAGAGGCUUCAGGCGUCCCCAUGGAUCCUCGAACCCCCUGCUUGCCAACAAAGCAGGGGUAGUCCUCGCAGUCCUCGUGCCAGCCCCAUCACACUGCUGUCCUUGCUGAAGAAACCCUAGCCAGCUCCUACUGACCCUGGACGAAUGAGGAGACCCCAGGUGACCACAGGGGAACGGCAGCUGGCCGGGGGAAUCCCUCCUCCGUAGCAAGGGAUGGAUCAAAACGCAGAUUUCCUGUCUACUGUCGGAUUUACACCAAUCCCCGUCUGCAGGGAUUUUGCUUUUAGUUUCCCAGCUCUUGGGGGAUCUCAUGGCAGGAGCUCCAGUUGAUUUUGUAACAACCCCGCUGUGUUGGCUUCCUGCAGCACGGGGAGGUUGUCAGCCCCUUGGACACCGUCCGCAAAGCCACGUAGCUGAGCCCAGGGUUAGCAGUGUGGAGAAAUGCCCGCUUCCUUAGCAAUAACACGUUUUGAAAUAUGUUUAUCUUUCCUGUUGAAACUUGCGAUUGCUGUAUCUGGUUUUGUAAGCAAAUUAAAUCAACAUGAGUCUGUUUUGUA